UUCUCUUGGUUAAUCACAGCGAAUCAGUUUGUUUCGUUCGCUCACUCGUUCGUCGCGUUGGUUUAUGCUGGUUUAUGUUCGUUGUGGACGUUCUCUACUAGAAAUACCAAAAGAAGAAGAAAAUCUGUGUGGAAGAAGAAAAGGCAGCAGAAAGCAGUGGAGAAUCUUCUUUCUUUUGUGUGUGUUGUGUGUGAAUUUCAAUACAAAAAAUUUUCACUAGCCCAAGCUAAAAAAGAAUUGUGCUUUUAUAUGUUGAAAAUUAAUUUAAAAAAAUGCGGGGAAAAGUAAUGCAUGUAAGGUUGAUGAAUAUGAGCGAGAUGGUUUUUUGGUUAUCCAGAUUUGUUUGUUAAACAAAAAGUAUUUUGUGGCCAUUUGCAAGUGUGGUGUACGUCGUCCCGCAAAGCACCGCCUGGGCCCAGUGUCUGUUUUUGUGCGCGUGUGUGUUUGUGUACGUUGGUACGUCGCCUUUGUCGCCGCCUAUAUGGAAGAAAAUAUUAAACGGGCGGAUUGACUAAGUUUUUAUUUUUGGUCGUACUCAUGAUUCACGGAUUUGUAUUGUGUAUCUUAAUACUAUAAAGAAUCAAAAUCGCGUCUCCAAUAGGAAAAAUUGUUUAAAUAUCUUAAUGUGUUUUCGUGGCUGCUAAAUUUUUAAGCGCCAAUUGUGCGAAUAAUCGGUACAAGGCUUAUAGAGCAUACAAAGUCGCUAUACUGUUGGUUGGACGACGCCAGUGACGCGGGCCAAUCUCAAUAAGCGACUCGUCAAAAACGAACAUCUUAAAUUCAGCAACCGGAAAAGUAAAAGCCAAAUUCAAACUCAAAGGGCAUAAGGGCUCACAUCUAAAAACAAAACAAACCCACUAUUUCAUCUCCUGGAUUGUAAACUUAUGAUUUUACAAAAUCUAAACAAGUUGUAGGUAAUUUCAACCCAAACUAAAAAGUAAUCUCGAAAAUAUGAAAUAAAUUCGACAAAAAACAUUGAAGAAUGGUAAAUAAAAUAAAGUGAAAACGUAAUAAAAGAAAAGUACAGUGUUCAAAGACGUGUUUUUUUAUAAAGUGUAUAAAAGUAUUGUAAAGCAAGCUGCAAAAGUUUUUGUCUGUCUACAUAUGUAAAUGUAAAAUAUGCAGAUUUGUUGAAUCUAAAAAAUAUUAAUACAUAAUAUAAAAAAUUAAGACUAAGAGUAAAACAGUAGAGGAAAAAAUUAUAAAAUAUAGAAACAUAAUAACUGUAUGUAAAAAUGUCAACGUUAUUUUUCAAAAUUAAAAUGCGACAAAGUACUUUGCGGCACAGCAAACGAAUGUCAUUGUCGCACCACAGUGCAGUGUCGUGUUUGUGAAAUAACUAAAUAAAUGUGGGAAAAUCUGAUUCAAAUUAUAAACACGCCAAAAACUAUAGCUAAGGCAGUAAAAAGGCUUUAACGAAGUUAAUUAAUUAAAGGUAGAGAGAAGAGUGCAUAUGAAAAAUUUUCGUGUAUGUAUGUAUGUAUGUACCAAAAUCCAAGUAUUUAACCACUAAAGAGUGUUAGCAAUCAACAUUUGUGUUUUUGUUGCUAUCAAACUAAAUAGAAUAUUCCUCAAAACUACCAACCCGCUCUUCUUCUCCCUGCGUACGCGUUUUGUGUAUGUGCAAGUGAAUUUAUAAAGAAAAUCUCUUUUACAUAAGCAGCUGAUAAUAAAGAGAAUUUCAUCUAUGUAUAGAAUAGAGGAUACCAGCGGUGCCGCAAUGGAUAAAACCAAGCAGAAAUUAUCGGCAGUUUAUGUAUCCAGCGGGGGUGGCGACACUGGACGUCAGCGUCAUGCGCCGCUUUAUGGGCGAUUUGUGGAUGAAGAAGAGCUUCCUGCAACACAUCGUGAUGUCAUGCAUCACCGAUCUAGUCCGACGUCAUCGUCUGAGGUGCGCGCCAUGCAGGCACGCAUUCCAACACAUUUUCGUGAUCCAGCUACAGCGCCGUUACGAAAACUGAGUGUGGAUUUAAUAAAGACCUAUAAACAUAUAAAUGAGGUUUACUAUGCGAAAAAGAAACGACGCGCUCAACAGACUCAAGGGGAGGAUGAUUCUUCGAAUAAAAAGGAGCGUAAAUUAUAUAACGACGGUUACGAUGAUGAUAAUCACGAUUAUAUAAUUAAAAAUGGCGAAAAAUUCUUGGAUCGUUAUGAAAUUGAUUCCUUAAUUGGUAAGGGCAGUUUUGGUCAAGUGGUCAAGGCAUACGAUCAUGAAGAACAAUGUCACGUGGCGAUAAAGAUUAUUAAAAAUAAGAAACCGUUCCUAAAUCAGGCACAAAUCGAAGUUAAAUUGUUAGAAAUGAUGAAUCGUGCGGAUGCCGAGAACAAAUAUUAUAUUGUUAAAUUAAAACGGCAUUUCAUGUGGCGCAAUCAUUUAUGUUUAGUAUUCGAAUUGCUAUCCUACAAUUUAUACGAUUUACUUCGUAAUACGAAUUUUCGUGGUGUUUCAUUAAAUCUAACACGUAAAUUUGCCCAACAGCUUUGCACUGCACUACUCUUUCUGAGUACACCAGAACUGAAUAUAAUCCACUGUGAUCUAAAACCCGAGAAUAUAUUACUUUGUAAUCCAAAGCGUUCAGCAAUUAAAAUUGUCGAUUUCGGCAGUUCAUGUCAGCUGGGACAAAGAAUAUACCAAUACAUUCAAUCACGUUUCUAUCGUUCGCCGGAGGUACUACUUGGCAUACCCUACGAUUUAGCGAUUGACAUGUGGUCACUCGGUUGUAUUCUAGUGGAAAUGCACACUGGCGAGCCGCUUUUCUCCGGCUGCAAUGAGGUCGAUCAAAUGAACAAAAUUGUCGAGGUACUCGGCAUGCCGCCGAAAUAUUUACUCGAUCAAGCGCACAAGACGCGUAAAUUCUUCGACAAGGUCGUCUCAGACGGCUCAUAUGUGUUGAAGAAGAGUCAAAAUGGACGGAAAUAUAAGCCGCCGGGUUCGCGUAAACUACACGAUAUAUUGGGCGUUGAAACCGGCGGACCAGGUGGGCGUCGUAUGGACGAGCCAGGACAUUCUGUGGCGGAUUAUUUAAAAUUCAAAGACUUGAUAUUACGAAUGUUGGAUUUUGAUCCGAAGACACGUGUCACACCAUACUAUGCCUUGCAACACAAUUUCUUUAAGCGUACCACAGAUGAGGGUACAAAUACUGCAGCGAGCAUAGCAAUAUCGUCACCGUCGGUGAGUUCAACGUCAUCGUCUGUAGCGAUGGUAGUGGGUAGUCAGCAGCAGCAACAACAACAACAGCAACAACAAAGUCAGCAACAAUUAUCAUCGGGCGGUGUAAUGCAACAUCCAGAGCCACAAUCGCAUGGUAUGCUCUUACACCUCUCCUCCUCGAACUUAUCGGCGUCCAAUGCGUCCAUACAUGGCAACAGCAGCAACAACGGCAACCACCAGCUGCAGCAGCAAACCAACAGCCUCGGCAGUUUGAGCAGCAGUGGCAGUUUGACGGGUCUCCAUCACACUGGUGGCCUGCUACACGCACGCGGUGGUCUGCGGGGCACGACCGCCGCACUCGCCUCCUCAUAUUCCAUACCCAAGACAGUGUAUAAAAGCCAGCAACAACAGCAACAAACACAAGCAGCCGCUCUGUUAGCUGCGCAACAGGGUCUACAGGCGCUACUAUCGCCCCCGACGUCGAGUAACAAUAGCGUCGGCGGCAGUAGCAGCGUCAAUAGUAAUAGUAAUUGUAACAACAACAGCAAUAAUCAUAACAGCUAUCCGCAUGCCAUGGACUGUGAUCCGCCCCAGAUGCCACCACCGACGCGCUUCAUUGGCUCAAUGUCUAAUUCAGCAUCUGGUGGCUCCUCAUCCUCGAAUAGCAGUAAUAGCGGUGGUGUUGGUGGUGGUAGCAGUGGUACUAAUGGCAGCAGUAGUCGCAUGCGUGCCGCCCAUCAUUUCCUCGCACCGCCGCAGAAGCCAUCACACGGCCAACAACAACAGCAGCCGCCACCGCAACACAACAGCUAUGCGCCGACCUCACUGCCAGUUGAUUUGGUUCAUCAUUCACUAUCGUCGGCCGCGUCGCAUCUCAUGAUGACCGAUUCGAGCGUGCUUUCGGCAAGUGCGGCUGGCACUACGUCGGGCCCACCCUCUUAUACAACAUUGUUGUAUCAACAACAACAACAACAACAGCAACAGCAGCACCAACAAUCACAGGUAUCCGCUCAUAUGUAUAACUCAAUGCCGACUCAGCAUAUGAUGUCCGUUGGCGAGAUGUCGUCGCUGCAGCAGCAUCAUCACUUGCAACAGCAGCAACAACAACAGCAUGCACAUCAGCGUCGUGGUGGCAGCAUCGGUGCUGGCUUCGGCGGUAGCAACAGCAGUUUGAUUGGCGUCGGUGGCGGCUCUAACAUGAUGGGCGGCAGUAGUCUUAUGAGCUCUAGCAUGUCGGGUGGUGCUGCUGGUGCCACAGGUGGUGGAGGUGGUAGUGGAGGAAAUGUCGGUGGCGGCGUUGGCGGAAGCAGUGUUGGUAGUGGUAGUGGCGCUGGCAGUGCUGAUGCCUCCUCGCCUAUGGUUGGCGUUUGUGUUCAGCAGAGUCCUGUAGUAAUUCAUUAGUUAGUUGUUAUUACAUGCGUCCAUAUGAAUGUACAGAUAUUUAAAUACAUACAUUUAAAAUGGGCAUAGAAAUGUAUGUAUACGAGAGUAUAUGAAAUAUAAAUAUAUUUGUAUUGUAUUUAAUUUAAAAAUCGCAUUGAACAAUAGUAAAAGAAAUUCGCACACAAUUGCACAUGCACUCACACGCAGCCAAAAGCACACGCACAUACUUAUGUACGUACAACACAAAGUGACAUUUCGCUUUUAUUCAGAAGAGGGAUUGCGUUACCAAAAGCGGGAGGUUGAUACAAAUGUUUAUAUGGAUUUGUUUCCUCAAGGCCGCAAUUGCUUGAAGUACAAAAUUUCAGUUUUCUGAUUGCUUUAGUAAGUCUUUAAAUACAAUCAACUUACGUUCCACAAAAAUUACACGCUAAUCGCAUUACUGUACUCACAGGAUGCACGAUCCCAUGCAUUUCAACUCUGAAAAAUUGCUUAUACAUUACUUACCAAAUAAAAAUUAUCACCUAAUACACACGGUUAUGCAGUUAUAACAACACUAUUAGAAUUGAA